AUGUCUAGACCCCGACGUUCUAUAUCCCGCAAAGACUAUUCGGAGCUGGAAGAGUUGGAUGGUGCCCGGGAAUAUGAACUAUCGGCAAUAGGUCAAGAGCUUAUAUAUCCACUCGAACCCUUUCCUUCGGAUCAAGAAGUGGCCAAGGCACGAAUUGCCACCCGGGAUGGAGAAAGCAAGCUCAUACGACUCAAUACGAGGCGUGAAAGGAUCCUCUCGCAGCUUGAAGAUAUCGAAAACGAGCGCAUGAUGGUGGAGAAUGAGCUUGUGGUCCCGAGGUCAAUCGUUACCCGCCUCCGAGACAUCCCACAAGAGGUACUCUCGAUGAUUUUCGAGGCUUGCACAGAAGACCCAGAUUUCUCUCCGUGGACUGUUAUGCAAAUCAAUCGCAAAUGGAGAUCCGUGGCGUUGCAUACUCGGAGCCUUUGGUCCAAGAUAUGCAUCUUCAAUGACAGAAGUCACCAUUUUACGAGAAAAUCACGUAGCGCUCGUCAGGACGCCGGAUACGAGCUCUGCGAUUCACUCUCGCGGCUGCAGCUUGCCGUCGCCCGGUCAGCCGGAGGGCCUUUGGAUAUCAUUCUUGAUGUCUUGGGGUACGACACGAGUAUCCGCUGGUAUAAUCCUGAUCAGAAGCGGCGAACCAUUGAGCUCAUCACCUGUUUAAAAUCUGUCGAAGGGAGAAUUCGAACGUUGGACCUUCGGGAGUCCAAUUGUCGACUCGUCGACGAUCUUCCUUUUGAAGAUAUCUCAUUGCCAUUCCUCGAAUCGGCUAUGGUACAUGGCCGAAUGAAAGAACUUCUCAAGAGGAUUUGGACAACGGCGCCAAACCUUCGACGGCUCUCCUACAGCCUCGACCGCAAUACCGAGCUGAAUCUGAACCUACCCGCCGGUAAUCGCAUCACCGACCUUCGAAUUCAUGGUGGCAAUCACACUCGCUCAGAUAAGAUGGAGGUUAGCGAGCAUCUGGCUCAGGCUAUUAUCAGUGCCGAAUGCCUGACGCAUUUGACCCUCAACGGCCUCUUUAUCUAUGCACCUUCCCGUCAGACUACUUUAUUCCAUCCUGAACUGCGCCAUCUCAAGUUGGUAAAUGUUCAACUUUGGCGUAUCCUCGAACUCCCGCUCCUCGAGUCAUUAGAUAUGGGGUUUUGCACGACAUUCGAAAGCGACGCAAGAACAUUAAUACUCCCAUCUCUAUUGUCAUUGACGUUGGACCAAAUCGUCAAUUACCACAAUGCGAAGAUCAACGCGCCUAUGUUGCAGGAGCUGACCAUAAAUGGUCGAAGCUCUUCUCCUCAAUUGACCGUAUUCCUCGAUCUCGCAGAGAUGUGUCUCAGAACAGGGCACGCCCUACUUCGCAAAUUGGUCCUCCACGACUGCGAUAUGAAGACGUGGGUCAGACAGUGUAUAGACACCUUGGAUGGAUUUCCACAGCUCGAAGAGCUGAUUCUUAGCAAGACAAUUCUGACCAAAUCCUUCUUUGACGCCUUUGCCGGCGGCAUUCUGGGGACCAAGUUUGAACCAUAUCGCAAGCCUCCGAUAUGUGUAGCAUUGAAGACGUUUAGAGUCAGUCUCAUAGACAUCCCUCAUCGUUCGACCGAUAAGGCUAUGCGAAAAUGGAUUCCUAAGGCUCUAAAGGCAAGAGCCAGGCGUGGAUAUCCCUUGGAGAUGGCAAGCAUGCGAGAGAAUGACACCGAGGGAUGGAAAAGUCUCAUGUAG